AUGAGCUCCUUCACAGCGUUCUCUGAGGACGAGGGAGACUAUACAUCUCGCGCCGUCUCCGAGAACGACAACGGCGAGCCUGACGUCAGCCAGGGAUUUAAUACCGGCAUCUCGCGCACAGCGUACUCCUUCACCGCACAGACCGCCUUCGACGCCUAUUUUCUGCAUGCAUCCAAAGCGUCUAAAACCUCUUCGAGCGUAUUCUCCCAGAUCGUUGAGCCUCUCACUGCAGAUGAAUACGCUGUUGCCAUCGCGCUCACGCCUUAUCCGUCUCCCGUUCCCGACUUUCCGGCUUCCUUACACUCCCUCCAUCGCCGCCAUUUCGCUCGCUUCCUACUCCAACUAGAGGAGGGCUUCAGCUUGGCGUUCUACGGACUAGGCUCUAAGCGAAAUGUGCUCAACGCGUUUGCCACCCAAACAUGCCGGAGAAGAGGCCACGCCAUCGUCGUGAACGGCUAUCAGCCCUCCUUCAAUAUCAAGGACAUGAUCUCCUCCAUCGAACAAGUGCCAGGAAUCACCUCUCUACCCCUCAGCUUUCACAAUAUAGAGAGCCAGGCGCACCGCAUCCGCAGCUUUUUCAGUACCAGCUCCCGUCCCCUGUUCCUCAUCAUCCACAGCUUCGACGCUCCAGCCUUUCGCACACCCAAGGCACGUGCAUGCUUAUCGCUCCUCCUCUCUUGUCCCCGCAUCCGUCUUGCGGCAUCCGUCGACCACAUCAACUUCCCUCUCCUCUGGUCUUCAUCUGAAGCACUCACCAGAAAACAGCCUUCGCUCCAGAGUGGUGGCCGCGGGCACGCGUGGCUCUGGCACGAUCUGACCACCCUUGCACCGUAUGACACCGAGCUCUCCUUCGCCGACCGCACGUCCAUCCACGGCGCAACGUCUUCCUCAAUGUCUGCGCGCCUCCAAUUCGCUCCGUCAGGCGACCGUGGUGCCGAUGGAGCAGUCAUGACAGAGACGGCCGCGCAGCACAUCCUUGCGUCCGUCACCCAGAAGGCGCAGAAGCUCUUCGCCCUGAUCGCACAGCACCAACUCGAAGCCAUGGAUGAUGCUGGCGACGCCGUCGCUACUCAUGAGGAGGAGCUGGCGAUGGCCUACGAUCGUGUUUUCAAUAUGGCUCGAGAUAAUUUCGUGGCCACGAAUGAUACAGCGCUCCGAUCUCUCCUUGGAGAGUUCAAAGACCAUGGCCUGGUUGUCAUCGCUGGGGCCAGUACGUUGGGCUCAUCGGAAACCCUGUGGAUACCAUUGCGAAAAGAGCGCCUUUCACGAUUACUAGAGUGGCUCAAAACCCAUUAA